GGUGUGUCAGGGAGCCCGGGAGAAGUAAAGGGGGGGAAGGGAGCCUGAUAAUGGCGGUCAGGAGGCGAGAGCUCCGCGGCAGCUCUGAGACACCUUGACCUUGAAGAUGGUGAGUAGCCAGCCAAAAUACGAUCUAAUAAGGGAGGUUGGUCGCGGCAGCUAUGGUGUGGUGUAUGAAGCAGUAGUGAGGAAAACCUCUGCACGCGUUGCGGUGAAGAAAAUUCGGUGUCAUGCUCCAGAGAAUGUUGAACUAGCCUUGCGUGAGUUCUGGGCGCUUAGUAGUAUUAAAAGCCAACACCCAAAUGUUAUCCACUUGGAAGAAUGCAUAUUGCAAAAAGACGGCAUGGUUCAGAAGAUGUCCCAUGGUUCCAGCUCUUCACUUUAUUUACAGCUUGUAGAGACCUCCUUGAAAGGUGAAAUUGCCUUUGAUCCCAGAAGUGCCUACUAUCUUUGGUUUGUGAUGGAUUUUUGUGAUGGAGGUGAUAUGAACGAAUACCUCCUGUCCCGAAAGCCCAGCCGUAAGACCAACACUAGUUUUAUGCUUCAGCUCAGCAGUGCCCUGGCUUUUCUGCACAAAAAUCAGAUCAUCCACCGUGACCUCAAGCCUGACAACAUCUUGAUCUCUCAAAGCAGGAUGGAUGCUAGUGACUUGGAACCUACUUUGAAAGUAGCUGACUUUGGCCUAAGCAAGGUUUGUUCAGCAUCAGGACAAAACCCUGAAGAGCCUGUGAAUGUAAAUAAAUGUUUUCUGUCUACAGCUUGUGGCACAGACUUCUACAUGGCUCCUGAAGUUUGGGAAGGUCACUACACUGCCAAAGCAGACAUUUUUGCCUUGGGGAUUAUAAUCUGGGCAAUGUUAGAAAGGAUCACUUUCAUAGACACAGAGACAAAGAAAGAACUCUUGGGGAGUUAUGUGAAGCAAGGGACUGAGAUUGUACCUGUUGGAGAGGCAUUGCUGGAAAAUCCAAAAAUGGAACUACUUAUACCUGUUAAGAAAAAGAAAAUGAACGCUCGCAUGAAACAGCUGAUUAAGGAAAUGCUUGCUGCUAACCCACAAGACCGGCCAGAUGCUUUUGAAUUAGAACUCCGGCUAGUCAAAAUUGCUUUUAAAGACAGCAGUUGGGACACGUGACUUCUGAAGUACUUAGCCUUUUUGGCAGAAAUGUGUGUGUAACAAUGGUGCAGCAUUUUAUAGAAGCAAAAACCAGACUAACCCACGUUUAAAGUGUCAGGGUUCUAUAUGUUUUCCCCAUCGCAUUUCUCUUUAUUUUUGUAAGCUAAGCAAAAGAUGGCUGUUCUUGUUUCAGUAUCCAAAUAUGUAUAUUCCCAAGCUACACCUGUAACAAGCUUUCCAAUUUGUCAGGAAAAUUGACAUGUUAGGCGAUGGUUUUCUAGGAAUACUUUACGGAAUAUUUCAGACAUUCCAAUUUCUUACUGCAGAAUCUUGAAUGCCCUUGAAAGAGAAGACUUGCAUGCUGGUAAUGCAAAUCAUUCAACUUUGUAGAGUAAAUGUGUAUAUAUUUAUGUCAUAAUGGGUGAUGUAACCCCUUCCUUUAUGGAAAAAGUAUGUCCCAAAUUUAUAGGAUUCAUAGAAUUGGAUGACUGUGACACAUCCUUUGAUUCCCCAGCUUCUGUGUCCAUUCUCCUUUUUUCCCCUUAAAACAAUGUGAUAACACAAAAUGAGAUCUACAGUAUGAUGCACAAGGAACCUCUGAUUUGAGCGCUGUAGGGAAAAUCUUAGUUUGAAGAUUGCACUUGUUUGGAAGGUUUCAUUAAGUAUGCUGAUGGCUCAUUCCAGUUCAGGUGCCAACACUUUGUCAUGAAGCAUUUAGCUUCAUUUUUCAAGGAUAACAAAAUGAUUAUUUGGCAGACCACAGUUACUGGUCACAUCUAUACUUUGUAUUUGAUAUUCAGUCUUAUUACAUUUAAUUCAGGAUUUUUUUUUAAACUUCGUUUUUUUAAAAAAGGAAGAUUUUUCUGAAUCUUUUCAAGUAUGGUUCCCUCAAGAUUUAGUUUGUUGUCUGGCAGAGAUUCAUUUCCUCUGUUCCUCAUAUAUUUUGCAUGAAAAUUAUAGAAAGUUGGGCACUAUUUUCCUAACACAUGUACAGACAGCAGCAUGUACAAGUAGCUUAGCCAGAGGCCUAAAUAUCCAUUCCACUACAUCACACUGAUGUUCCAUUACUACUGUUGCUGACUGUACUGGAUCAUAACUGGAGUCUUUACUGCUAAAGUAAAACUUUCCCUCUUUUUGUUCUGAAGCACUCAGCAACCUGCUUCUCUCCCAAGUUACUGGUUUGCAGGUUGCAGCAUCUUGUUCAUACAUACAAUUAAAAAGGAUUGCACUCUUGGUACAGCAAAGAGAAAUGAAAACUCUUGAUUUGUGAGUAAAUAGAUAUAUUUCAUAAGAGGAAGUGGUGUGAUAUAUGUCUUCAUUUUGUUGAAAGCAUUUUAUUGUAGAGGUUGAAACUGUCCUGAUGCCAUCAGCUACAGCCUGGAAACCAGAAAGUGAACUGCCCUAUGUUUUCUUAUGAUAAGCACUGUAGAAAUUAUGUUUUAAAAUCCUUGUCUGAUAUGCCUAGGAUCUGAAAAGUAGAUAAGAAAAUGUAUUGGUUUACUCCUUAGCUGCUACGUCCACAUUAAACAAGGGGACAUUCAAGAGGAUAUAUUUCUAAAACUUGAAAAAUACAUGUUCUUUUGUUCAAAGUGUAGUUACCAGUCAUGUAGUAUAACCCUGUGCUUGCUAAUAGGAAGCAAGUCUCACAGAGUUCAAUGAAAAUUAUUCUUAGGUAAGUAUGCAUAGGAUUGUAACUUUAAUAGUUUAUGCACAUUUGGAAAAAAAUUAAAAAUCUUCUCUAAAAUAACAUUUAAAUAAAUGUUACAUUAACAACUUAAAAGUUUCACUGAGAUAUAUUUUAAGAAGAUUUCAACUAGGGUGGCAUAUGUCUGUCUGGCUCACAGUGCUAAAUUGUUUUAGUUCAGGAUCCAGUUAAUGUUUGCCCUUUAACUGAGAAGAUAAGACAAGGGCUUGACUUCUGUCCAUUUAGAAUAUCAGUGUUUAAAAGUGAUCAACUGUCUUCAUUCUUUAAAGCACCACUUGUGCCUUUAGAGAAGAGAUUGCAUUGCACAUGGGAUGACACUUCUAUGGUUAUCCUGUGCUUAGUGGCAUUGUAUGCUCCAUCAGCUGAACAGUUACAUAAUACUUGUGUCAAACAGAAAGAAUAUGAGCUGUAGGAUCUUGGCAGUCCUUGUGCACUAGAAAAAGCAGGAACUCUCAACCAUAUAUGUCCUAACUAGUCUGAUUACUGCAUACAGUUUCUUGGCACUUAACAAGCCUUUCAGAUUUUGGAUUUAUUAUUGGAUGUGCUUUUUAGUGCAGUGCAGAAUCUACAAAUAGAGCAAAUUACAUAUUUCCCAGUAACACAGUUAAUGUUAAAAGUGCACUUGGUUCUUAUUUUUAAAAGUUGGGGAAAUCUCCCUGAUCACUUCUCUUCAUGGUGCUUAGCAUGUUGGCAUUGAAUGCUAACUUGAUUGUUGCAUUAAUUACCUACUGAAUAAUUGUCCCUGAAAUCUCUGUGUGUUAUUUUUGUUGUUGCUUGUGUUUGAUUUCCUGUAAAAUCUUUGAAAUCAAUUGUAGCAGCUACAGAACAAUCCACCAGCGUAACGCAAAAGUCAAGAUUACUCAUCAGCACUUCAAAAGAGAGCAGAUUUUCAAAGCUUUCUCUUAUAAAUUGUAAAUUUUAUUUUGUGAAGAAUUUAUUAAGGGGGGAAAUUAUUGUGUAAUUUAUUGAGUUCAUGACUUUUUUUAAAAAAAAUAAAAGUCUGAAUUGAC